CGUCAUUCCGCUUCCGGCGUCUCGCGCAGUUCCGCCAUGGCCUCCAAGGAAGGGAGUCGUACCCCUCCGAGGUCUCGGCGGGAGCCGGGUGGGCGCGCCCCGCGACAGGACAAGUAUUCGGUGCUUUUGCCCACCUACAACGAGCGCGAGAACCUACCGCUCAUCGUGUGGCUGUUGGUGAAAAGCUUCUCCGAGAGUGGAAUCAACUAUGAAAUUAUAAUCAUAGAUGAUGGAAGCCCAGAUGGAACAAGGGAUGUUGCUGAACAGUUGGAGAAGAUCUAUGGGUCAGACAAAAUUCUUCUAAGACCACGGGAGAAAAAGCUAGGACUAGGAACUGCAUAUAUUCAUGGAAUGAAACAUGCCACAGGAAACUACAUAAUUAUUAUGGAUGCUGAUCUUUCACACCAUCCAAAAUUUAUUCCUGAAUUCAUUAGGAAGCAGAAGGAGGGUAACUUUGACAUUGUCUCUGGAACUCGCUACAAAGGAAAUGGAGGUGUAUAUGGCUGGGAUUUAAAAAGAAAAUUAAUCAGCCGUGGGGCCAACUUUGUAACUCAGAUUUUGCUGAGACCAGGAGCGUCUGAUUUAACAGGAAGCUUCAGGUUAUACCGAAAAGAAGUUCUACAGAAAUUAAUAGAAAAAUGUGUUUCUAAAGGCUACGUCUUCCAGAUGGAGAUGAUUGUUCGGGCAAGACAGUUGAAUUAUACUAUUGGGGAGGUUCCAAUAUCAUUUGUGGAUCGUGUUUAUGGUGAAUCCAAGUUGGGAGGAAAUGAAAUAGUCUCUUUCCUGAAAGGAUUAUUGACUCUCUUUGCUACUACAUAAAAGAAAGUUAUUCAUUUAUAUUAUGUUCAUUUCAAUUUAAACAUAAAGGAAGCCUGGUUGCUGAUUUUUAUAAUAUGUACUCUUAGAGCAUAAAAUCAUAAGGUAAGGUAAAUUUCACACAAUUCUUUUCUCUGAAGAAACUCCAUUUUAUAUGUCAGAUUAGAAAAAUGAGCAGUGUUCUCAAUUUUCGUUUACAUUUUGCUGUAUUAAAUAAGACCUUUAAAUAAAUAUAUAUGGGGUUUUGCAUAAAACAUUGCUUUUGUAGAGUAUGUGAAUGCAGACUUUAUUACAUGGGGAAGAUUUUGAAAUAUUCUUUAUAAAAACUGGAUUCAUAGCUCUUUGUACCUAAUAGAUGUCAGAAUAGGAAUGCUAAUUCAUGAAAUAUUCUCUGACUUUCUGUAUGAACUGAAAAAGAAAUACACAUUUCUGCCCUUUCUUUAAAAAGGUAUCUCAAAUUUCUUAAAUCAGAUAAAACAGUACAUUUAGAGCAUAAUUUUACAAUUUGGUUCUUUGCAGCUGUUGAAUUGCUGAAGCUAUUCAUCUGUCAAAGCCAAUCUAUUUAGAAUACAUACUGUGAAUUGGAAACAACUUGACAACAGUUGAUAGCAUAGUUGCUUUUUUUUUCUUCUGAGCAAUAACUUCAGUAAGGAAAAAUAUUGAUAUUAAAGCAUAAACUUUAGUGGCAAUAGUAAUUUUUAAACAUCUUACAAACUAAAGAUUUUGUUCUCAAAAUAUUUAUUUUCAUAUUUCAGGACCCUCAACAAAGCAUACAUCUUUACUAAUAGGACAAAAAUUCCUUCUCGAUAGCUCUUCUCUGUUCAGAAGUGUUCUAACAGUUAAAAUGCAGGUUAAGUUGUUCAAUAAACCGAGCGCAAAUAUUCCGUUUACCUUGUCUAAAGUAGGUAUUUCAAAAAAGAUCAGUUUCUAACUAGCAUACCUUUUGAAUCAUGCAGUAUCUUUUAAAUUUUGGGGUAAUACUGUGAGCACAUAAGCUUAAGAUCAAGUUUCCUUUGCAAGUAAAAGGAAGAAGCAUCUCUAAGUUAUUUAAUAAGCAUAUUUAGUGGACAGUAUUCCUAAUUACUAUACUUUCCUGGCUUAAUUCGGCUGCUAAAGUCAAGAAAUUUAAAGUCUGAUUUUUCCAUUUGCAUUUCUAACAGAUCCUACCAGAAAUGAAUAAAGCUUUUGGUGUCAUUUUGAACAUUACCUAUUCCCAUAGUUGAAUCCAUAGGACAUAUUCCAGUAAGAGCCUCUAUCUACUAUUGUAUUUCCUAUUUACACAGAGCUGGGCUAUAGCUCACCAGGUACUCACCUUCCUUGGGGAAGCGAUUUCUCUCAUUGGUAACUAGAGAAUUCUUCAAUGUUUGAUGUAAAAUUAGUUUUAAGUUAACAUAAUAGUAAUAUAAUACUCUUUUUUUUAAAAAAAAUGUUUGGAAUCUCUUUUUCAUCUAAACCUGAAGUUCAGCUUUCAUUGUCAAGUAUGUGUAGCAGAGAUGAAGUAACUACCUCAGAGAACCCAUUUUCUCAGACCUCACUAGAGUAGAUACCUUUUGCCUUUUUAAUCUUUUUGGUUCUUAUUCUCACAACACUACCACUAUUGGAAUUUACAAUAAAGGAAGUAUUUGAGCAUUGAAGACUUCCACCAUUUGGAAGUUAUUUAGAAAAGAAUAUUGAACUAUUUAGAUGCAUUUUUGUAGUAAAUGUGGUGACUUAAACACUGUAAAAUCAUUUACAUGUGAAUUCAGCAUCCCUUUUUACUUUGUAAAUGAGGCCAAGGAUGAAAUCCAGAUGUUCUCUGUUUGUAUUUGUAUUAUCACUGUAUGAAACCUAAGGAAAACUAAAGAUAAAAUUAUUUUGCUUAUUUCA